AUGAUGAGGGUGCCCACUGGCACGUUCCAGUUCAUGUUUCAGCUAAUGCAGUUCUUACUAGUAGCAAAAGCAAGGCAGACUUGGAGACAACGAGAACAAGAGGCAGGCCCGUCAUUUGAUAUGCCAAAUCUGAACCAGAAACGCCCUCUCAAAGUGAUUCCGGCUUUGUCCACUUUACCAACAGCUCCUAAGCCACUGACUCAGAAGUGUGACUCAUGCCUCAGCAAGUACUUUGAGUAUGACCUGUCUAAAAUGGUCAACUCGAAAGGUGGAUUUUUGGUUGAGGAUGGGAAGGACUCAGAGGUGGACCAAGACUCAAGGGUGAAGGAGCAGGAAUGA